AUGAAGUCCGAGUCUGAACCCAGCCAGUCCUCCAAAGGGUCAUGGAUGAAGGCUAUGUUCUCUCUCCAUGGCAAGGAGAAGUCCAUACCCGAUGAUAGACAAUCCGAAAUCACACUCAUUCAGAGCGGCUCAACAGCCCAAGCUAACAUCAGCCUUGCACAGGUCCGAGCAGAGUUCCGAUUCAAGGCCACAGAAGGUGGCUCCUCCAAGGAAUUUCAACGCCGCUGA